AUGUUUUCAGUACUAGACUCGUCAUCAUUUACCAAAAUAGACCAACUGCCACUUUCAUUUGAGACCAAAAAUUCAACUAAAAGUCCAACUCCACAAAAUUCAACAGUUCACAAUAAUGGAUUUCAACAAAAAACUAUAAAAAUCAAUAACAUAAUAGGUACAAGAUUUAGAAGCAAGACCGGUUGCUUGAACUGCAGAAAAAGAAAAAAAAAAUGUGAUGAAACUUCACCAAUUUGUAUUGCAUGCAUAUCUAGAAAUCAAGAAUGUAUUUGGCCAGAUUUGACAAAAAAGAAACCAACAAAAAAACAAGCACAAUCAAAUUCACAAAAAUCAUUAUCUAAAGAAAACUUGCAAAUACUAAUGGCCAAUAAAGAAGAUUUAGUACUAGGCUCCAAUUUGAAUAAUGCAACAGAAAUUUCAUUUAAAGUUAGGAAUACAAAUUUAGAUUUAUUAGCUAAAGAGUUUGCUAAUGAGAAAGAAGAAGCUAUGGACGAUGUUGGUCAUUUGAAUAUGAAUGUUAGUGUAUUUAUGAAUAACUGA